ACAGCCCUCUUCUGCUUUGACUACAGCGUUACACUCUCACGGGAGGUUGAAUACAUUUGGAAGCGCGAGUUCAGCACACCGACUUUACUGUUCUACCUGGUUAGGUAUAUGGGGCUUAUCACCGCGGUUUUCGCGGUCAUGGAAGUGACCGGCAUGCUUCCUACUCAUGAUUCUACCCUCCCGAUCCAGAGCACAUCUGCACUGCUACGUGCUUCCAGGUAUGCUGACUACCUCACGUAUGUAGUGUUUGCCGGAUUGAGGGCGUACGCUAUUUCCGGACGGAACAAAUGGGUGCUCGCUAUCGUGCUCGUGCUCGGCCUCGUUAACCCUACCGCCUACAUAGUAAGCUUAAAGCUCACUACUAUGAUAGCUGUCCGUACCAUUUCAUCGAAGUUCUACGUUCCGAUACUCGCUGCUGAUGAAUGCGCAGUCUCGCCAGGAAUCACCCUCGCCCGAGUAUGCGCUGUCGUCGCCGACAUAGCGGUUCUGGUUGUGACCUGGAGGUACAUGCGACCUGCGAUCGUCAUACCCGGUGCAUCGCAGGUGGAUUUGCCGCGCGCGAACGGAAACGCGAUAGGGAGCCUUGCCAAUGUUUUGGUCAAAGACGGUGCGCUCAUACUCUCACGCUGUGUAUCUGCGAACCCAGCUCAACUUCGUGCUGUCUAG